GCUAGCUUUGGUCUUGGCGUCGAUUUUCACAUCCAUUGUGACCAACGAUAUUUCGGAUAUCCGUCGUGUCCACAGUGUGCAGCAGGAGGCAGAAAAGCAGGUUGCCGACUACAUCAGGACGUACCCGGUGUCAACGAAGCUGGAAGUCGAGCUGAAAGCGUAUCUCCAGCGCCGGAAGACUCUUGUCCACCCACCCGGCAAGAACGAGAUGGCAACUCUGCUCCCAGAUUUCCUCUAUCGGGAGCUCUGCCGGGAAGCGUGGUCUCCGCUCCUUGCGAAGCAUGACUUCUUGCUUGGGCUCGAAGUGCGCUACGCGGCCUUCUACACCGAAGUGUGCGUGGAGUGCAUCAGCGACUGGAACGUCGCACCCCAGGAGGUUCUGUUCUCCUUUGGGCGGAAAUGUUCGGCCAUGCUCUUCGUGGCAAGUGGA